AUGGAUGUUGUACGCCGACCUAAUCUCGAUCUUAGUAAUUCUUCACCCAUUUCAUCAAUUUACACCAAAACCCCUCAAACACCAACCUCUUCAACUUUUCCUUAUAAGUACCGAUUAUCUUCUUCCAAUUUCAAUGGUUACCAUAGCAAUUGUAAAGUACCAACACCACCUCAAGCUUUACCCAAGGCAAAUUCGAACGAAUCAGUUGAAUCCAAUAAGAAAUUGAUUGAUUCAAUCGCUAAAGGUUUGAUCGGGCUCGCUGCUGCAGUCUCUGUUUGUUUAGAUUCGCCAGCUCUUGCCGAGUCCUUGGCAAUAGCAUUCCCGGCUUCUCGUACUCAUGAGGUGAAUGCUGUGCAACGAACUCUCGUAGAGACUUGGGGCAGCAGACAUAACUCUGCACUAGCAACACUUGAUGGAAUUGAUGUAAUGGGAAGCAAAUUAGCAGAUGAGGUCCCAAUGUUCUGUGGAGUCAGAGGUCUUGAGAAAGUAGGGUACCACAGUUCAGUGGUGGUUAGAAGAACAGGAAGACAUCUGUAUUUCAAAGACAAGGCUAAUGGAUAG